AUGAACCCUAACAACACAAUUUUCGAUGCCAAACGUCUAAUCGGCCGCAAAUUCGAAGAUGCCACUGUCCAGGCUGACAUGAAGCAUUGGCCCUUCGAGGUAGUCAGUGAUGGUGGUAAACCAAAGAUUAAGGUCGCUUACAAGGGAGAGGACAAAACCUUCUUCCCUGAGGAAGUCAGCUCUAUGGUGCUCACAAAGAUGAAGGAAACAGCCGAGGCCUAUCUCGGCAAAACGGUGCAGAACGCAGUAAUUACGGUUCCAGCAUACUUCAACGACUCACAAAGACAGGCCACAAAAGAUGCGGGUACCAUCUCUGGCCUGAACGUUCUCCGUAUCAUCAAUGAACCGACUGCUGCUGCGAUUGCAUACGGUCUUGACAAGAAGGGCAGUGGAGAACGUAAUGUCCUGAUUUUCGAUCUUGGCGGCGGAACCUUCGACGUGUCCAUCUUGACCAUUGAAGAUGGUAUUUUCGAAGUAAAGUCCACCGCUGGUGACACUCACUUGGGAGGAGAGGACUUCGACAACCGUAUGGUUAACCACUUCGUUCAGGAAUUCAAGAGGAAGUACAAGAAGGAUCUGGCUACCAACAAGAGGGCUCUCAGGCGACUUCGCACCGCUUGUGAGAGGGCGAAGAGAACUCUCUCUUCUUCCACCCAAGCUAGCAUUGAAAUUGACUCUCUGUUUGAGGGUAUCGAUUUCUACACAUCCAUCACCCGGGCUCGUUUUGAGGAACUCAAUGCAGAUCUGUUCAGGUCCACCAUGGAGCCAGUUGAAAAGUCCCUCCGUGAUGCGAAGAUGGACAAAUCUCAAAUUCAUGACAUCGUACUUGUGGGUGGUUCCACUCGUAUCCCCAAGGUGCAGAAGCUCCUCCAGGACUUCUUCAAUGGAAAGGAGCUUAACAAGUCCAUCAACCCCGAUGAGGCCGUAGCUUAUGGUGCUGCUGUUCAGGCUGCAAUCUUGCACGGAGACAAGUCUGAAGAAGUGCAGGACUUGUUACUACUUGACGUAACCCCACUGUCGCUCGGUAUCGAGACCGCUGGCGGUGUCAUGACCACCUUGAUCAAACGCAACACCACAAUCCCCACCAAGCAAACCCAAACCUUUACCACCUAUUCUGACAACCAACCUGGUGUACUCAUCCAAGUAUUUGAGGGUGAGCGUGCCAUGACCAAAGAUAACAAUCUCCUAGGAAAGUUUGAACUCACUGGCAUUCCACCUGCGCCCCGUGGCGUUCCCCAGAUUGAGGUAACCUUCGACAUCGACGCAAACGGUAUCUUAAACGUAUCGGCCGUUGAGAAGUCUACCAACAAGGAGAAUAAGAUCACCAUCACCAAUGACAAAGGCCGUCUCUCAAAGGAGGAGAUCGAGCGUAUGGUCAACGAGGCUGAAAAAUACAGGAAUGAGGAUGAGAAGCAGAAGGAAACCAUUCAGGCUAAGAACGCUUUGGAAUCUUACUGCUUCAACAUGAAGUCUACCAUGGAGGACGAGAAGCUCAAGGACAAGAUCUCGGACUCGGACAAACAGACCAUCCUUGACAAGUGUAACGAUACCAUCAAGUGGCUAGACUCCAACCAGCUGGCUGACAAGGAGGAAUAUGAACACAAGCAGAAAGAACUUGAGGGUAUCUGCAACCCCAUCAUCACUAAAAUGUAUCAGGGCGCUGGAGGCAUGCCGGGUGGUAUGCCUGGAGGUAUGCCCGGAGGCAUGCCUGGCUUCCCCGGCGGCGCUCCCGGAGCCGGAGGCGCGGCACCCGGUGGCGGCGCUGGACCUACCAUUGAGGAGGUCGAUUAA